CGCGUGUUCCAGCGAGGCCGCGCGGCUGUCCUCCCCGUCUUCUGCCCUUCUUUCUCUCUCAGUUAGGGAACCCGAGCCCCGAUCGGGGCAAGUAGGCGACCUCCUCCUGGUCAGGGGUGCCCGCAGAGCGGCCGGGAGGAUUUUGGCCAAAUUGGGCGAGGGUACAAUAUUACCACUUACCCCUUCUCACCGAGGAAGAGCGGGAGAAAGGGUAAGCAUGGCACAGUCACAAGGCUGGCUGAGAAGGUACUUGAAGGCCCUGUGUAAAGGCUUUUUUGUGGCCGUGCCCGUGGCAGUCACUUUCUUGGACCGGGUUGCCUGCGUGGCUCGAGUGGAAGGAUCGUCGAUGCAGCCUUCCUUGAAUCCCGGGGGAAGCCAGUCUUCAGAUGUGGUGCUUUUGAACCACUGGAAAGUGAGGAACUUUGAAGUGCAGCGUGGUGACAUCGUGUCGUUGGUGUAAUUGAUGACUCAUAAUACCCAGCUCCAAUUUAUCUGUGGAACCAAUUUACUGGACCCAGGAGGAUGAUGGUGUAGAUGGAUGGUUAAACUGUAGUCUUCUGUGAAUUUUUAUCUAAAAGUGCUGACAGUAUGAAAAAAGGAGGGAGUAGAUUUGACAAAAACUGUAGCAUUUCUUCGUGCACCUUGCUUCUGGUCUUCUAGCAGACAGAAUGUGCGGCCAUCACCACUUUUGCCCUAGCCCCAGCCGCUUAGCUCAUCCUGACCCCGAGGCACUCAUCUUUGCCUCUGUCACCUGGUCACAGGACUUUCUCUUCUGUGUCACAGCUUGGGACUUGCCUGCUCUGUGAAGGUCUUCUGAUGGCUUCUUCCUGUUGUUCACCUUUUGUGUUUCACCUACUUCACACAGCACACGCUGCCCUCUAGACUAAUGCAUCUUCCAUAGGUCUUGAAUCUCCAACUAGAUUAUGUAGCCAUUGUGAUCUUUGCUAGCCCUGCAUGUCUCUUGUGACUCCCAUAGUGUCCUUUCCAUGGCAGGAUUGUAGUGAGGGAGCGCUGCACAAUUUCUGAAGAGACCCUUUACAGAAGGCCCGACUGUUACUAUUUAAUGAGUGGGAUGACCAGCCUUGAGUGCAGAUGGUGCUGGCGAUCUGCAUUUGUCAACACCUUCACUUAUUUGCUUGCUUUUGCGCAGUCAAGACUUGCUUUGUUAGUCUACUGAAACUUAACACACUGUGAGAGGAUGUUUAUCCAGAAUUCUGAGAAAAAAAAUUGAAGAACUCACUUUCUGAGAAAUUCACUAACUUGAAUGAUCAAUAAUGUGAACAUAAAUUCAUUUUUGGUAACAUUAAUUGAAUGGAAUGGUAUAAUGAUUAAAACAGGUGUGUUUGGUUUCAUGGUGAUGAAAUAACUUUCCUUACACAAAAUAAGAGGACAUACAUAAGAGGACAAACAAGGUCUGUCAUGUAUGUGCUGGUAUGAAAAAGGCAUAUUAGGAGUGCAGAAAUUUGAAAAUGUUGUUGAAAUUGAAUUGCCACUAUAGAUAACUUCAGAAGAUUCACUGUAAAAAGAAUAUUUGAAUUGGGAGGUAGUAUUGAAGGAUUCUCCUCAAAAUCAAGGGUAUUUCAAAACUGAAAAAUACAGAGAAGACUGAUAAAUGGAUCUUAUGUCCUUCUAAAAGUACCUAAAAGAUUUCAAUAACGUUUUAUUGUCACUUACUUUAGAAAUAAGUGGAAAUUAUACAAAUAUGUAUGAAUCCACUUAUGAUUGUGCAAAUAUAUGAGUGUAUUUAUGAUGUUAAAAUUAAAACAAGAAUUGUACAUUUAUUUUAAAACUGUAUUGAUCUUGGUUUUCUUUAAAACAUUUACAGAUCUUACUUUAUAGUCAUUUGGCAUGUAUCAUUUUAAUUAUUAAUUUGUAUCUAGCAUUUUUCAUUUACCUAUUUAUUAUGUUUCUGUCAUCUGUCUACUACCUAUCAAUCAUCUAUGUCUAUAUUCCAUUACUGAUAUAUGUAUAUAUGGAUAUACCCAACUAUUUCUGACAGCUAUGUGUUAAUAGUAAUAUAUAAUUUCUGAUUUAUUAGGAGGGAUCAAAUUGUUCUUCCUUUUACACAUACCUUUAAUAAAUGAACAAUCCAGGUCACUAUAUCACAGGAUAUAUUGGAGGACUCCUCAUGUUGUUGAUGUAGCUCUCCAUUCUUUUCAGUCUCAUUUAAUCUCUUAAACCAUUUUCUUUGUGAUGCAAAUUUAUAUUCUUUCCA